UACCUGAACAAGCAGGUGGAGCUCCUCCGGCAGGUGAACGAACAGCACGCUAAAGUUUACGAGCAGCUCGACGUGUCCGCCCGUGAGCUGGAGCAGAGCAACCAGAGGCUGGUUCUGGACAACAGGAUGGCUCAGCAGAAGAUCCAGGGGUUAGCAGAAACGGUGGAGCUGCUGCAGACGCAGGUGGAGGACCUCCAGCAACAGGUGGAGGAGCUGAAGCUGAGCCCGUGCUCGUCCCGAACGUCUCCGGACGGAGAGAAAUGUUUUCCUCGCGGCUCUCAGAGCGUUUCCUGCCUACAGGAACUGCAGGACUCGCUCAG